AUGGGUGAAUCACCGGAUACUCCGAAACGAGGGCCGUCAGCCAGUCGUUCGGGGGAUGCAAAACCAGCAAAGAGGAAUAGAAUUACUGUUGCUUGUACUGGCUGCAGACAAAGGAAAUCACGGUGCGAUGGUAUUAGGCCAAAAUGCCGAUCAUGUGAUGAGUAUGGACUGGACUGUGUCUAUGCGCACACUGAGACUUUAACAAAAUUUUCCGCGUCUAAAGAAAUAGUUGGCGGGUUGGAGUCUCGUGUCGCUACGGUAGAAGACGUCCUCGCCCAGCUCUCAUCGCGAGUGAGCAAUAUCGAGAGUCAAGCUGGUGAUAGAGCCGCGAGUAUGUCAGGUGCUCAACAUGCGCAACCUUUCUCGGUCAAUAUUGCACUGGAGUUACCUAACCAUACAGCUGGUAUGAGAACCACAGUAUUUGCAGAUGAAGAAGACUCUGGGUUUUUCGGUAUGCAUGGGAAACUUAUGACAUCAAGACCAUCAUUUCUGAUCAUAGUCAUAGGACCAACAUCAAAUAUAGCCUUUACACGCCAGGUGGUACGUACGACGACAGUAAUUCUGGAGCAUGCUGCGGCUAUUGGAAAUUCAGUUUCUCCAGAGGCUACAGCUUUGAAGAGUCAUGUCGUCCACAUGGACCGACCAGCUUCUCCAGCCCGAAUCUUGAACGUAUACAAUCCCAAUAAUGCCAUAAGAGAAGGGACGGAGCCGUUUAUUCUCCCACCCGGAGACACUAUGCUCCAGCUUGUCAAUCUUUACUUUCGUACUACGGGAGCGUUAUAUCCUUUUAUUGACCGGAACGGUUUCAUGAAAAAUCUCCGCCAACUCGUUGCUUCCGGUAUCUUAUCAGUGCGAAGAUCGUGGUUAGGUCUGCUGAACAUGGUUUUUGCAAUCACCAAAAGCGCAAACAGUGGUCUUGGUCUUGCGUUCACACCAGAAGAAUCCGCGACCAAGUCCGACGUCUUCUUCCAGCGUGCCAUGAUAAUCAGCGAUCGUCAAAUCCGACAUGGCACAAGUCUUGAAAUUGUCCAAAUGUUACUCCUGGCGAGUAUGCACUCACAAGGUACCGAGCGAUCCAUGGAGACCUGGACAAUUCACGGCUUGGCAGUGAAAGCUGCUUAUCAAUUGGGACUUCAUUCACCCGAUGCUCUUCGACAAUACUCCCCGGUGGAGCGAGAAGUUCGGAAACGCGUUUGGUUUACAUGUGUUAUACUUGAUCGAACAUUAAGUAUGACUAUGGGUCGGCCGGUCUCCAUCCCCGAGUCAUUCGUACGGGUCAGCCUUCCGCAGGUCAUCGAGGAUGCUCAUUCAUCAAUCUUUAGCAACGAUGAGUUGAGCGAAGAUCCAGCAAGCGUCCACUUCUUUGCUGCUACAAUCACCUUGUAUAAGCUCAUGGGCGAUGUCUUCGAUGUCCUCUAUGGAAGUAACGUGGGUCUCGGUGGUGCAAGCGAUGUGUAUGACAUUGCGUCUCACUUGCUACAAUAUGAGCAGAAGCUUGUUCAUUGGCAGCAAAAGCUACACGCGACCACGCAGUUGAUUGCAGAGGAAGAACUCUCCCGGCCUCCAGCUGACUUUGCGACAGCAGCACUACGCAUCGUACUUACCUCUCGCUUUCUCAACCUCCGUCUCCUUACGCACCGCCCUCUGCUCUGCAAAUAUCUUGAGAUAAUCGGCAGUUCGCAAGUUAGCGCGCAACAGUUGAUAACAUUGCGACAGGUUGGCGCCAACAGCAUUCGAAUCUGUGUACAAUCCGCAGAACUCAUCAUCAAGAUGACGCACUGGGUGCUUCAGCACACGGAUAGCCAGCGCCAACUACUGGGAUCCUGGUGGUCCGCUCUCUACUACGCAUUCAACGCUGCGCUUGUCAUCCACUCGGCUCUCCUCAUACAGCACCAAACAAAAUACCACAACCAAACGAUCCCCAUGGAAGAAUUACAGCUAUCAAUCUCAUCCCUUUACAAAGCCAUAGAAUGCCUGUCCUGGCUCUACAAAGGAAACCGAAUGACAGAAACAUGCGUUCGCUACAUGUCCGCGCUCGCGCACCAGCUUACGCUCAUACUGCAACUCGAUCGUAGCCCCCAGACAGACGUCGUGGAGAUGCUGCAGGAAACACUUGCGCGAAACCCCGGUCGAAAUGAAGCGGCAGCUGAGAAUGGUACAGCGCAUGAUGGCUUUGACUUGUUCGAGGCGACGGAUCUGCAGUUGGGGUUGGAAUUGGAUGACUUUUGGCAGCAUUCGAAUGUGGGGUUUUCAAUGGGGUUUCCGGAGUCGGGGUUGCCGGGGAACAGUUUUCAGCAGUAG